AGAACGCCUGGGCGAUGCUAUCUUAAACUCAGCCCUACGCUUCCCUGGCUUGCGGGAGCCCCUUGGCCGCCUCUAAUACCCUAACGUAGGAAAUGAUUGCGUCAGCACCAUGGGAGAAGCAACAGCAGCAGGAGGAGGAGGUAGCGCGCGCCUUAAUUAACAGACACCCGAGCUGGCGUCGCGGCACAGCCGGGGAAUCAGCAUGGAAGCGGAGGGGCAGGACUCAGGCACGCCUAGUGGUGCUAGACCCGACUCUCAGCUGUCGAAGCGAGACGUUGGGGAGGGAGCGACAACACGACCGAACGCGCCGCUUUUGCUGGAGCCCGCAGCAUGUUUCGCGGCGGGCCGCGCCGUAGCUGCUGGAGGGCCAGUCCGCGGGGCAGCAGGCUCAAGGUGUCCGCGGAUAUCAUUAUAGCGCGUACAAUCGACUCCGUCCUCGACCUCUCACUCCCGUACAGCUCUGGCGCUUCUGCGUUGAGAUCCCCACAGCAUCGCCCGCACAGCACACAUCAGAGUCAGCAGCAGCGGCAGCAGGAGCAGCAGAAUCUGCAUCCGCACUUCCUCCCUGCCCUCAUUCUUCCGGACCCCACACCCAGCAGCACCAGCAGCAGCGCUAGUGCUGGCACCACCAUCGGCAGCAGCAGCAGCAGCAGCAGUGGCGGUAGUAGCGUGAGCAGCAGCAGCAUUCCCGACAGCAGCUUUGGCUUUGGCAGUCCCACGUUCAAGCCCACUCCAGCGCCCGCCUUUCCCGAGCCCCUAGGAGACCCAAUCGAGGGGGGAGGAGGAGGGGCGGAGGGCGAGAGCAGCAGCAGCCCCGGAGCAGGGGAGGCGGACACGCCUAAGAUAGGGCGCGCGGGGUCGCUGUGGGGGGCGAGGGGAAGAAAGGGCGCCGCGCUCCCGUCGCUGGUGGUGGACCUGCCCGACAGCAAGUCGCCCUCGGGCGCUGGCCAUUCGUUUGCAGCAGGCACGGCAGCAGAUGCAGCAGUGGAGUCGCCCGUGGCCAUAAAUUCCACUCCGCCCGCCCUCACUGUCUCUCCACCCUCCUCCUCCUCUUCCUCGAACCCAUCGGCCCUCAGCCCUCUCGGGUUCAGCUUCACCCCAACAUCAGCACCAGCAUCGUCAGCAGCACCACCUGGCCCAUCCUCUCCCACUCUCCCCACCACCCCGCCCCCGUCCCUCUCUCCGUCCCUCACCAAACCUCACUCCCCCCUCUCCCCGUCCCUCCCAUCCCCUCUCACCCACUCCCCACACGCCUCCCCCCAUGCCUCCCCCGCGCCCGCCUCCCUAGCGGCAGCGUUCGCGGCCACAAGGGAAGCCACCCCCUCCGCCAUCUGCCGCUCCCCUAUCGCCUCGCCCCUCACCUCCCCCGGCCCCUCCCCCUCCCUCACGCCCUCCUCGCGCCGCCACCUCCCGCCUUUUCCCGAGCCGCCCAUGGCGCCGUCUCUCUUCGACGCCAUGGACAAGCUCCUCUCCGUCUCCACAGGGGCAGCAGACCUCGACGCAUCCCCGCUCUCCUCGCCUCUACCGUCGCCCGGCCUUUCCCCCUUCCCCGCGCUUGCCCUGUCUCCUGGCCCGUCUCCCGGCCCUUCCCCAGGCCCCUCCCCUGUGCCCUCGCCUUUAUCCGCCACCGGUAGGAACAGCGUUUUCCGGCCCUUGUUUGGCAGGGGGGUCGCUUCUGCUGCUGUGGCUUCUGCUGCAGGCAGCGUGGCAGCGAGUGUAAGCCCUGGCAAGCUGUUACCGUCUGGUGGCAGUGACAUAGGCAGCAAUGGCAUGCGCGGCAGCAGUGGCAGCAGCAGUGGCUUGGAGGGUGGCUUGGGAGCGGUGGGGUGGGUGGGUGGUGCUGCUAGCACUAGUCCUGGCAAGGGGCGCACGCUGCUGGGUCUGGUUAACCCCAGUGAAGCCGCCUUGCAUUCCGCCUCCUCGUCCUUCAACUCUCGCAAGCAGUUGGAAUCCUUUCGAAAGAAUCGCCCCUCUGCUCGCACCAAUGCCACAGAGGGCUCCAUCCCGUCUCCUCGUUCCUCCUCCCUCUCACCCCUCCAUUCCGCCUCCUUCCCCACCAGUGCAACCAUCCCUGCUGCAUCACCCCUCGUAACCUCUCCCUUCUCCGCUCAUCCUCUCCUCUCCUUCGCACCCAUCUCCCUCACCUCCCCCCCUGCCCGCCUCCUAGCCUCGUCUCGCUCCAAGUCGCUGGACCUGGCGCCGGUGGCAGCAGUGGCAGGGGAAGGAGGGCUGUAUGGCAAGAGCCAGUCCCUGGAUCUCGAGCACUCAAGGCCGAUGCUGGAUCGCUCCAAGAGCUUGCCUGCUGCUGCCAGUGCUGCUAUGGCUGUCGCUACAACUGAUGCUGCCACUGAUGCCACAACGGCUGUUCCUAUGGCGAAUGUAGCUGAUUCUGCUACAGCCAGAGCAGCUGCUGCAGCAGGCUCUGUCCCUGUUGCGUCCCCAGGUGCCCCUGUGGCGGCUGUGGCGUCAACAGCUAGUGGUUCGCCUGACUUGGUCUUGGAUUGCGGGGAAGUCACCUCUGUUGUGCCAGAAGCAGUGGGCGCACUGUCCGGGGGGGGUAUGAAAGAAGAGGGGGGGAUGGUCGUAGGUGCGAGAGGCUCUUCUGAUUCCCAGGAGAAGGGAGAGCUGGAGGAAGAAGACGAGGGGCGAAGGGAUGGUGGGAGGUCACAUGGUGGAGCUGGUGGUUCAGAGGAGGCAGUGGCGUGUGGAGGAGGGGAGGAAGGAGAGCGUCAUGUGCCAGUCAGAUUGGGUAUGGCUGCUCCUCAUACCUCCUCUGCUGCUGCUCCCCCUGCCGCUCCCCCUACUGCUCCGACUGCUGCUCCACCUGCUGCUCUCAGUGAUGUGUCGGGUGAGGGCAGUACUGCUGCUGUUACUGCUGCUCAUGCUCCUUCUCCUCCCAGGGCCCUCCCCAAUGGUCCUCUGGAGCUUUCUGCUCUGGCUCACGGCAGCGGCAAGCCUCAGGAUGGAGUGCACGGGCAGCAGGCUCAUGGCCAUACGCACCAGCAACAACCAGUUCACCAACCAAACCAGCAGCAGCAGCAGCAGCAGCAGCAACAGCAGCAGCAGCAACAGCGGGCAGCGCCGUUGGUGAUAAACGUUGCUCCGCUGGAUGCCGUGUCAGCUGCGGGGAGAGUCACUUUCGACGGGCCCCUCGUGGGCGGCCUGGAGGAGCCCCUGCUCUUGCCCAGCUUCAGCAGCGGCGCGCUGCCCUGGCAGCGCAAGAAGAGCCCCCCUCCUUUUGCUGCCGGCGCACGGGCCAUAGAAGCGCUGAAGCGAGCAGAGAAUGCACACGACACUGGGGCUGCUGCUGCGGCUGGAGCUUCUGGGGCUGCUGCUGCUGCUGGCAGCAUGCGAGGUGAUAGUUCUGACGAGGAGGGGAUUCACUUGGCCUCAUCUGCACUGCCUUGGGGUGGCUCUUCUGGAGGUGCAGCAGCAGCAGCAGGGGUGGGCGGGUGGGCGGUGGAGCGAUUGGUGGUCGAGCAGGGUGAAGAGGGGGAGGUGCAGCAUGACGGGAGAGGUGAUGAUAUGGGUCUGCGGGACGGCGGCGUAGAGCAGGGAGGUGUCAAAGACCACCCUAACAGUGCUGCUGCUGCUGCUGCUGAGUUUGACCCUGCGGCUCUUGGUGCUGCUGCUGCUGCUGCUGGUGCUGGUGCUGGGGCGGACAGCGCGUUUGACUCUCUCUUUGGUGCAUCUGCUGGGCUCCUUCCCCCGCCCGAGCCUGUGCUGCCACCGCUCACUCCAGAUGCACCAUUCGCCUCUCUCCUCACAUCUGCCUCCGCUGCUGAUGCCGUUGCGGCUUCUGCUGCGGAUGAUGCACCAUCCCCUGAUGCCACUGCCCCUUUUCAUUCAGCAGGAGCAGCAGCAGCAGCCGCCGCAGGAGGAGGAGAAGGAGGAGGUUCAGGUGUGAAAGCAGUUGCAGCGCCAGUACAAGGCACUGGCCCUCUGUCUAACCACUCGCCCUACAGGCACACGCCACCCCAUCACCCUCCCCUGGGCCUUCAACCCCUCUCCAUCCCAGGCAAGUCCCAGCCCACAACGCCCACGCCACUCCACUCUGCUCCCACCCCCUCCCCCUCCUCCCUCUCCCUCGCCUCCUCCCCUCUCAUCACGCCCUCCCCCCCCAGCUUCCCCCACAGAACCUUCCCUCGUUCGGCCACCUGCUCCUCCCUGCCCGCGCCCUCGCCCUUCUCCCCCGCACACCCCCCUUCGCCCGGCUCCCUGGAGGCUCUCUUCCAGUCCUCCAAGCACCACGGGGGCGUCUCCCCCGGCGUUGACAACUGCAGCCUCUCUGCCUCCUCUCUCCUCGCACUCACUCUCCCCCCCUCCUCCUCGUCCUCCUCCACUCCCUCCUGCACUCCCACAAAAGCACCAACAGCAACAGCAGCAGCAUCCGCAGCGGCGGUAUCAGCAGCAGCGGCACCUGCCUCCUCCCCCAUCCCUCCUACCUCACCUCUCACCCCCCUCGUGUACGCUGCUCCCAUGCCUCCCGCUCUGCUAUCCCGCCCGGCCCUGGCUCGAUACCACACCAUGCCCGCAGGGCACAUGGUCAAUGUGCCCAUGCCGGCUCCAGCCGCCAUCCCCUCGUUUCUGGACUCCUCUGGCAACCCUGUAACCCUGGAGGAGUUGUUCCAGCAAACCCGGCUGUCAGGAAUCCCUGUGAUUUCGCCUCUGCCAUCCCCACUUGUCUCCCCGGCGGUCAGUUCUCCAGCCACCACAUCACCACCUGCUGUUUUCCCUGCUGCUGCUGCUGGCACCCCUGGGUUAAUGUCGCCUGUGCUUGUAACGCCUGUGCUUCUAUCGCCUGCCAUGUCCCCUGGUGUAUCUCCACCUGUUGUGUCGUCUUCCCCUGCCAAGUCUCCUGUGACCCUUCUCGGCCUAGUCCCGCCCUCAUCUUCCGCCUCCUCCCUGUCGCCCUCCAAGCACCAACCUUCUCCUCCUCCAUCCUCCUCCCUGUCAUUUCUAACGACAAAACCUUCCCUCGUUUCCUCCACCUCGUCCUCCACCUCAACUCCCACCACCACCACUACCACCAACCCCCCUGCCACUGUCCCAUCGCUCUCACCAGCCCCUCCCUUCAACCACCUGACCCCGUCACCUCCUCCGCCGCGCUCGCCUUCGGCCCACGACCCGCGCUCCCCCCGCCACAACCCCCACUCGCCCAGGCACGAGUGGCGGUUGCCCCUCCCCCCCAGCGUGCUCGACUCCCUCGCUGUUCACCCUCCCGGCAGCCCCGUGCAUUCCGUGCAGAGCCCCUCGCGCCCGCGCUCCCCCGUGCCGCUCUCGCCCCGCGUGCUGCGCCAGGUGGCUGCUUCCAACAGCUUCAACAGCAGCAGCCCCCGCGCUGCCUCUGCUGCUGCCGCUGCUGCAGCUGCUGCUGCUCAGGCUGCUGCUACUGUGCCUGCUGUUGCUGGGUUAGGUGGGAGUUCAGGUGGGAUUUCAGGUGGUAAUUCAGGUGGAGGGUUGGAGGAGGCGGCUCCACUCUCUCAGCUGGACGUGCUGGUUGCCCUGUCUGCCGGGGAUCUCCCUGCCAUGCCCACUCACACCUCUCCCACUUCCACUUCCACUGCCACUGCCGCUGCUGCCGCAUCUCCUGACCGAAUCUCACCCACAUGGGCAGUAGACAGAGCUGCUGCCCCUGCUGCUGCUACGAGCCACACAGGGUUAUCUGGGGCAGGGCCUCCUACCCCCGCAGGUACACCGAGUGUGGCAGGCACAUUGAGUGCGGCAAGUACGUUGAGUGGCACGGGCAGUCCCCGGCAGCCACGGCCCCCGCGUGCGCUGCUGGGGCUGGUGGAGGUGCUGGAGGAGGAGCCGCCCAAGUCCCCGCGCAGCGCCAACCCCUCCCCACGCAGCCGCCACAUUCGGCGCCACAGCAUGCCCAGCGCCAAGAGCAACCUGGGUGCCGCCACCUAUGCCGGGGACGGGCAAGCGGGAGGGGGAGGUGGGGCUGUGGUGCCUGCUGCUCCUGGGGCCUCUCCUCGAGUUGCUGCUGCUGCUGCGAAUGGCACGGUUUGUGCUGGUGUUGUUGCUGGUGCUGCUGAAUCGGCUUCUUCCGCUACCUCCACUGCUGUAACUGGCACACUACCUUCAGAAUCAAAUCGCUCAGUUGGCUUAUCACUCGAUAGGCAACAGCAACUGCAGCAGCCGCAGCAGCCGCAACAGCAGCAGCAACAGCGCCAAGAGCAACAGCAGCAGCAGCAGCAGCAGCAGCAGCAGCAGCACCUACAGCAGCGGCAGCGGCAGCAGCAGCAGGACCAUGGGUACGCGGCGGUGGGGCUGACCCAUCUAGGGCCGUUGCAAGGGGGCGGCGAGGAGGAGCAGCAGUUCCACCUGGACCUCCCCAACUUCAAGACUGCGCGCCGCCCUCCCUUCCUGCGCUCCGAUCCCUCACACCACCAUGCGCUGCGGCUGCCAGUUGAGGAACGGGCAGGGAGGGAAGGAGGGGGGGGGGAUGGUGUGGUUAUGGGAGAGGGAAUUCGGGAUGCUUGGGGGCAGGAUGGGCUGAAGGAUGCGGUUCGGUUAACAGAUGCCACGGCUGUUGCAGCAGUGGAGGCCACGGGUACAGGUGUACCUGCAGGCACUGUUGCACCUGCACCGUUUCUGGGUGCACCUGUGGCCGGUGUUGCAAGCGCGAGCACAGAUGCACAUGGUUCAGACCAGGGUGCAGAUACAGGUGGUGGCAGAGGCAGAGGUGCAGGUGGGUCAGCAGCCGGACCUGCCUCUGCGGGUGCUGCAAUGAUGCCUGCGAUUGUUUCAGGCAGAAACAAAGCAGCAGCGGGAGUAGCAGAGGCAGCAGGAGUAGCAGUCGUAGAAGCAGAAGCAGAAACAGCAGUAGCAGGAGCAGGUGGUGUGGGCAGCUGGUCCUCCCCAAGGGACGGUGCAAGUGCAGGUGCGGCACCGUCAGAGGCGCGCAGGAUACUGGCCUUGCUGGAGCGACUGCGCGAGCCACUGGUGGCGGCACGCGGCAAGCUGCAGGCGGGAAGCGCAGAGGCGGCAGCAGUGGAAGAGGCUGCUCGCGCUGUUGAGGGCGACCUGCGCCGACUGCUGGGAGGGGGGGGAGAGAAGGAGAGGGGAAGCACAGGGCAGGGAGACGACGGGACGGAUGGUGUGCUUGCAGUGAGAGGAGAAGCUGGUGAGGAUAUAGCCACUCUCGACAGCGCAUCUUCGCGUGAUGCUGCUGCUGCCACUGCUGGUGCUCCUGCCCCUGCCCUCCUGCUACCAUCAUCAGCAGCAGCGGCAGUGGCAGCAGCAGGAGGUGGGGGGCAGCAGGUCGCCGCUGCUCAUGGUGGCUCACGUGCAGGGCGGCAGGCAUCUCAGAAGGAGUCCUCACCCACCCACAGGGCUGCUCGUGCUGGGGAGUUGGGUCCCCUGGCGGCUGCUGUAAGUAGGGGGGAAAGGGGUGGAGGGCUGGGCUUGGCAGACGAGGGAGACGAGGGCGGGGAAGGAGGGGACGGGAGUGAAGCUAUGAGGAAGGGUGGAAGGGGGCGUGAGGGGCUGGGGGCGUGGGACGGAGUGAAGGGGCAGUUGGGAGUGGGGCCGGCAGGACCGAGAGUGGGGCCAGCAGGGACUGAUGCUGGCGUGGCGGCAGGUGACGUGAGAGAGGUUGAGCUGUCGUUCAAGGAAAGCUUGAGUCGGGAAGAUAGGGGGAUGGAUGGGCCUGGAGAGGAGGGUGGUAGCGAUGGCGCCACCGUGCACUGUCUCCCUUUCAGUCAGCCUCGGUAUGAGCAUGAGAAUGAGCGUCUGGGCGCGCAUGGGCAGCAGCAGAGGCAGGCGCACAAGCAGCAUUCGAGGGAGGGCGUUUCUGCGCUGGAGCUUCAAGCAGCACUGCGGCAGGUGGUGAGCCUGGGGGAAGCGAUGGGAGCAGCCGCAGCAGCAGCAGGGGGGGGAGGAGGAACAAACGGCAAAGGGAACGCGGCACAGCGGAGUAAGAGGAGAGGGGAAGGAUCGGGGAGGAUCAGGGAUGCCGUGGAUACAAGUGCUUCCGAUCUUGCCGCUGCUGGUUCUGGCGUUGCUCUUGCUGCGGCUAGCGGUGCUGCGAGUGCUGGUGGUGCGACCAGCGGCAGUAGAGGCAGUAGAGGCACCAGUGGCACCAGUGGCACUGGUGGCAGCAUACGUAGUGGCUCGUGGUUGCUGUCGCACGGCAAGCAACCACGCACUAAGGCAGGCAGUGUGCCUGGCAGUGCGGCAGGCAGCACAGCGGGCAGUGGUGCGGGCAGUGGUGUGGGUAGUGGAGUGGGCAGUGGAGUGGGCAGUACGGCAGGCAGUGGCGUGGGUAGUGGGGCGGGCAGCGGAGUGGAUACAGGGGAGGACUCUGGGACGGACAUUAGAGUGCACAGCUCAAGGCAGCAGCGGAGAGAGGUUGCAGGGAGCAUCAGCAGCAGCAGCAGUGGUGGUGGUGGUGGUGGUGGGGAGGUGGCGAGGGGCGGAGUGGUGUCGAUGACAGUGGAGGGGGGCAGGGUGGUGGUGUCGGGCACUCUCAAGUACACUCGUGAGGUGCGCUUCUCAGGGGUGUGGACGAAGCACGGGCUCAGCAUCACCAAUGCUGCUGCUGCUGCUCACGCCCUUGCUCAUGCUCAUGAUGAUGCUGCUAGUGCUGCAGCUGCUGCUGCGAGUGGUGCUACUGCCAUCCCUUCCAGUCGACUCGGUGUUGCUGCAAGGGCGGACGGCCCUUCUGGGGGGGCUGCUGCUGUUCGGGGGGGUCCCUUGGGGGAUGCGGGCCCACUGCCGCGCAUGGGUGAGCAGGCGCUGCUGCAGGGGCUGGAGGUUCGGCAUAGGAAGCCUGAGAGGGCGGACAAGGGCAAAGGCAGGCGGUACCGGGCGUCGCGAUUGGGGAGUAUGGUGCAGGGGGAUGGUGGGAGUGAGGGGACGAGUGGAGUGACCAGUGGGGUGACCAGUGGGAUGGGGAGUGAGGGAGUGAGUGAGGUAGGGAGUGAGGCAGAUGUGCAGAGAGGGAAGUGGGGGAGGAGCCGGGCCAGGGGCAGGGAGAGUGGAGAGUCAGUGGGUAGGGAUGGCAGCGGAAGUGAGAGUGGGAGUGGCUGGAGCAGCAGAGGACGCGAGGUGGAAGCCAGGAGAAGGAAGGGGAAGAGCCGGAUGGGGUUGGCAGCGGAGUGUGGGUCGUUGGGGUCAGCAGGCAGCACAGGUGGAGAGGGUGAAGGGGAUGGAGCAGCAGGGGGAGGCAGUGGGAGAGGAAAGGGAAGAGGCUGGGCGAGAGGGAAGGGGAGAGGAAGGGGUGGAGAAGUGUCGGGUGCAGCAGCAGCAGUGGGAGAUAGGCAGGGUGCAACAACAACAACGACUAGAGCAGAGGCAGUGAUGGUAGAGGCAGGCAGGGUGGGCACUGUGAGUGGGACAGUGCAGCAGGGAAGAGGGAGCGGGGGAGUCGCAAGGAGUGAGGGCGAGGGUGAGGAGGGUGAUGAUGGUGCAUACCAGGAAGGGAGCAGCAGCAGUGAGGAUGUGUUUUACGAGGCAAGGGAGGUGGUGAGCUCACCAGGGUCAGCACAGGGGUCAGCACAGGGGUCGGCAUCAGUGUCAGCGUCAGACGAUGAGGGCAUGUGGAGCUGCACCUCCUCAGCGAGAAUGCCCCUCCCCCCUCCCCUGCACUCUCCCACCACCGCUGCCCCUGCCGCUACUGCCGCUGCCGCUCUCGCUGCCGCUGCUGCCGCCGCCGCUGCUUCUCCUUCUACUGCUUCCGUUGUUGCCAUUCCUGCCGCUGCCGGUGCUGCUGCCAGGGGCGCUCACAGUGUGUCCUCGCCCUCCACUGGCCCUACAAGUGUGUCGUCACCCCGCGCACACGCCAGCGCAGCCACCACUGCACAGCAGCACGUCCAUGCGCUAGUAGGCACCAUGGACGAGGCAACAAAACCACCGGUGCCUGCUGCCGCUGCUAGCGUUACCACUGCUCCCGUCACCACUGCUGCUACUGCUGCUGCUGCCAUGGCUACGGCUACGGCUACUGCUACUGCUACUGCUACUGCUGCCGCUGCUGCUUCCACCCUGUCCCCUGCCACUGAUUCUGCUGAUUCUUCUACUGCUCCUGCUCUUGAUGUUCCUUCACCUGCCGCUGCUGCUGCUACUGGUGCUCAUUCGCCUUCUGUUGCGAGUGAAAAAAUCCCCAAUGAUACUGCUCCUGCCGCUGCUGUUGCCUCUGCUCCUCCUGCUACCACCACCCCUUCCACCACCCCUCCAGAUACCCUCUACACUCGCUCCCCAUCCCCUCCCCUCCCCUCCACCUCCUCCUUCUCCCCUUCCCUCUCCGCCCGCCCCCCCUCCUUCUCCUCCUCUCCCUUCACGCACCCUCCCUUCCGCCCUCUCCCCCCUGACGCGCAGCUGCUGCAGCGCUCAAUGAUCCCUCACCCGCGCCGCAGCCCCCUGGGCAUUCGCCGCACAGUCUCCGACCUCACGGCUGAGCUCAGCGCCCUAAGAACGGCCUCCGGUUCCACUGCUGCUGGUGCAGCCGCCGCCACAGCCGCCGCCGCCGCCGCUGCUGCUGCUGGCUCUGGUGCUGGUGGUGCCGGUGGUGCUGGUGGUGGGGGGGUGUUGUUUGGUCCUGGCAGUGGCAGCAGCAGCGGCGGUGCAGCAGGGAACGCGCGGCGGCGUGCGGCAGCAAUCUCAGCGCUGAGAGCAGCGGCUCUGGAGGGGCAGCUGCAGUCCAACUACCCAGGGGUGCACGCGCGCCGCCUCAGUGGGAUGGGCAGCGCAGGGGGGGGAGGGGCGGGACUACUACCUGUAAUGAACAUGAACGUGGGCUUGGGCAUGGGCAUGGGUACAGCCAUGGGCACAGGCAUGGGCAUGGGCAUGGGCAUGGGUAUAACCAGAGUGGCCAGUCCAGGAGCAGUGUCCAUACCAUCCCCUGGCCUACCCGGUCCUUCCUGGCAGCUUCUCUCUUUCCCCGAGGACCCCGCCAUAGGCUCGCGCCCCUCCUCCUCGUGCCACACGCUCACCCCGCAGUCUGCCUCGCACACGCCCUCUGCGUGCACCCCUGGCGUGGCGGAUUUCUUCUGGGGAUCGGGCAGCUUCAGGAGCGCCAGUGAGGGGCUGGGGCUUAUCCACUGGGGCUCUGGCAGCAGCACCAGCAGAGGCGGUCGCGGGGGCACCGGGGGGAGUGGGGGGAGCAUAGGGCGGUUGGGGAGUGGGGGGGGUCGGAGCAGCGGCAGCGGCAGCGGGGGGUCAACAGGGUCAGGCUACCGGUUUGCGGUGGCGAUACAGCGGGCUGUGGGGGACACGGAUGACUAUGAGGAGGGGCAGGUGUGCCCCCUGUCCCGCUCCAACAGUGCCAACCUGGAGGUGCUGCUGCACUCGCUGCACGGCCCCGCCUCCUCCUCCUGGGGCAGUGUGGACAUGGAGGGGCCUGUGGAGGGGCAAGCGGGGAGGGGUGGGGCUGGUGCAGGGGGUGUGGGGGGAGCAGGAGCAGGGGUUGGGGGGAGUGAGGGAGUGGGAGAGGGGAAGGGGGAUGGGGGGUUUGAGGGGGCGAGGGGGGAAGGGGAUGCGGAGGAGGGGAGUGGAAGUGGAGUUGUGGGGAGGGCUGGGGGUGAGGCAGGGGGUGAAGUGGAGGGUGAAGAGAGGGAGGGCGAAGAGGGGAGUGCAGAGCAGCAGAUUGGGCGCUUGAGUGGGGAGGGCAUGGCAGAAGGGAGGGAAGAGAGGGAGGGGGGUAGGGAGACUCAGGCAGUGGGUUCUAUUCCAGCCAAUGCUGAUGCUGUCUCUUCUGCUGCUGCUCCUUACGCUGCUAGCACAUCUGUGGAUAACCUUGGUGAGCUGGUGGGAGGAGGAGAGGAAGCUGGGGCCGAUAUUCCAGAGCAGGCACGGCAAUCAACAACCACAGGCGCACAACCUAACUCCAGGAAUCUACCAAACCUACCAGAGUCCGGGAGGCUUAGUGGGGAAAGCAGUCCGAUUCACGCAGGUCCCGAUGUUGUCCGAGCCUCUGGCUCAGGUUCGGAGUCCCUUGUCAUCACUCCCGGAGCAGGAGAUGAUUUCCAAGACAGGCGCUCAACUGCUGCUGUCACCUCUGCUGCUGCUUUCACUGUUUCUGCUGCCUCUGCUGCCUCUGCCGCUUGUACGGUGGGUCCAGGCUCCACAGGCGAAGUCGAGCAAGUGCAGGCAGGAGGAGAGGACACAGGAGGAGGUGGAGGGGAUGACAGAGGAGGCAGUGGAAGAGGGGCAGAAGGCAGGUCAGGGGCAAGCGACGGAGUGUCGCCACUUGCACCUGUCCAAUCCGCGCCUCAAACGUCUUCCCAACCCAUCGCCUUACCAACCCCCCACCCUAAUUCCCAGCCCAAUCUUCACCCCAUCCCCCAGUCUGCUCCCCAGCCCGUGCGGCAGCCCGCCCCCCACUCCAUCCUGCAGGCAGUGCCCCAGCCCCAGAGCCCUGCAGCCCACCAGCGGCCGCUGUCCCCUCUCAGGCACCACCAGCACCGCCUGCAGCCCUCACUGCUGGGCCGCCGCCCCGCCUCCCCCCACACUGCUCCUGCUUCCGUGGGGCUUGUCCCCCCUGCCCAGCAUGGGUUGUCUGGCGCCCAGCUGCCGUCUGCUCCGGGGGCUUCGCCUCACGGUGCCUCUGCCUCCUCCCCCUCCUCCCCCCAUCUCACCUCUCCUGCCUCUCCUGCGUCCCCUGCUUCUGCUGCUUCUCCUGCUUUUCCUGCGCCUGCCAGCUCGACUGCUGCUGCUGCCGCUGCUGCUGCCGCUGCUGCUGGCAGCAGCAAUGGGUCGCCUGCUGUGGGAUCCGCGGUAGCGAGCACAACAAAGUCACCAAUCCAUACCUGGAUCUCUGCUGCAACCACCACCUCCCUUGCUAACGCCAACACCACUGCCGCUGCCACUAACAGCACCACCACCGUCACGGUCACCCCCAUUACCGCCACCACCUCUUCCAUUUCGUCCCCUGUGCCCGCUGCAUCAAGCGCCGCUGCUGGCACCACUGCCACAGCGAACCCCAAGCCUGAUGCCUCUGCAAGUGCAGCAGCAGGCACGAGUGCACCCAUACUCGCCUCUGCUGCCGCGGGCUCACAGGCAGCCCCAGCAGCAGCGGCUGUAGACCUGGGGUUGAGUCUCGGGGGAGACAUUGUCAAGGAUGCCCGCCUCGCUGCAAGGAUACUAGAGCAGCAGCAGCAGCAGCAGCAGCAGGGGGGGGGGUCAGUACAGGUUCGGGCAUGGUCUGGUGAUGUGGAUGAGGCUGCUAGUGCUGCCGGGGGUUCCGCUUCUGGUGCUGCUGCUGGUGCUGCCACUGGUGCUGCUGCUGGUGCUGCUGCUGGUGCUGCCACUGGUGCUGCUGCUGGUUCUCUUGCUGGUCCUGCCAGUGCUGCUAGUGCUAGCAACGUGUCCGUUGGGGUGGUGAGCAACCCUCCCCUCCUGGUCCUCCGCACUGCCAGUGCUUCCGGGUUGGAGCGUGCACCAUUGAAACCACCAUCCGCGCUGAAGAUUCGGGAAGGAGUGCACGCUUCUCCAUCUGCCGGACCACCAACAGCAGCUCCUCCUUCAGUAUCAGCACUGAUGUUGAAACCAGCAGCACACGCAGUUUCAUCCGCUUCUGCUUCGGCUGCUGCUGCUGCUGCUGCUGCUGCUGCUGCUGCAGCGAGUUCUGAAGGUGCAAAUAGCGGCACUGCUGUGGGUGUGACUGUUGCAGCAGAAUCGGUGGGUGGGGAUGUGAGAGAACAAGGGAUGAGCGUGCUGCCGCACCUGCAGGCAGCACAAGCAGCUGCAGACAGCCUCACUGCCCAUAGACACACCAGCAGCCCUGGCACUACCACCCCUCCUCUUGCUUCUGCCUCUGCUGUAGCUGCUGCUGCUGCUGUUGCUGCUGCUGCUGGUAGUGCCAAUACUGCUGGCAGUACUGCUGCUGCUGAUUCUGGCAGUGGCAGUGGCGGUGCUGUGGUCGCAGGAAGCAGGGUGAAAGGGGAGGGCGGUGGAGGGGGGGGGUCAGGGGGCAGCAUGAGCGGCAACAGCAGUCCAGGCUUCUCAGGGGUUUCAAGCUCAAGUGUAGGCCCUGCAGUACCUGGUGCUGCUGCUGUUGCUGGUGGUCCUGCUUCAGUAGGCAGUCCUGGUAGCACCACGGCACAGCAUCGCUACUACCACCACCACUACCACCAUCACCACCACCACCACCUGCAUGUGUUCCCCUCUUUUUGGAAACGCAAGGAGCGGUACCUGGAAGCUGAGGGCUCAGCUGCAGCAGUAGCUUAUAACGAGGCACCCAGUAUAGGGUAUGGACCUGCUUUGGAUAGCAGCAACAUGAACGUGAGCAGCAAUGGCAGCCCGAGCACCGCUGCUGUAAGGAUUGUGCACACCAGCAUGGUUAGAACCCCCUCUGCUUCAUCCGCCACCCCCAGCUGCGAUAGUAGUGCAAGCAGUGUGAGGGGAAGGGGAGGCGUGGGAGGCGUGGGAGGUGUGUUGACACACACAAGAUUAGGUGGCAGUGGCAGAAGAAGCGCUGGCACGGGUGGUGCUGGCACUCGGGGAGGCGGGGGUUUAGGGGGGGUUGGUGGAGGGGUUGUAUCACCCUUUGCGUCCCCAGCUAUGGAAGGUGCUAGCGAUGCAGACACAGUCCACCCAGAAGAUGCGGAUGUUCUGCUUGCGGCACGGAGAAGUGUGGGGCUGACAUGCUGUGCCCGACCGCAUGUUUUUGACUGAUACGUAGGAGGUGGUGUGUAUGGAGAUGCCCAACCAGGUCAGUCUGCAACAACGCCAAAUAUGUUGCACCAAACGUUCUUCUUGCGGAAUAUUGAGAUCGCUUAGAACUGACUGGAAACUGACUAGCGUGCGGCACUGUAAUAUAUUAGGAGAAAUGUGAGCGCCUUUUCUGGGACAGGAGGAUACACCAGCAUGCACAGAUCUUUGAUAGUGGUUUUAUGUGUUGAUAGCAUCAUCUUUCCGAUGUGGAUAGGGUAUACCUUUGUGGG